UUGCCUGCGCCGACGCAACGUCCGAGGUGAAACUUAAUUGCUGAACAUUUAAAAUUUUAUUUAAUAAAAAAUAAUCACGUCGGCGGCAAUCGUUCUAACAUUUAUUACGCUUUUCAGAUAAAAUGUUCAGACCGGGUUCGAUGAUUUUACUAGCUUUUCUAGUCACCUCUUCUAAAGGAAACUUCCAGUGCCCCGUUUGCCAGCAAACGGAUAUCGACAACUUUUGCACCAUCGACGAUUGUGGGCACAAUGUUUGCAUUAUGUGCAUUACUAAAAUUGUGUGUUCGACAAAUCUUACGUGUCCCACGUGCAGUGAUGCUAUUAAAGGGGUGCUUGGCACAGUUAAGUACGAAAUGGAGCUGUACAUUUUAAAAGAUAUUAUCAAGAAAAACAAGGUUGCCGACAACAGGAUCAUUGCGCGCUGUCUACUGCCGCCGUGGCAAGCCGCCGACCUAAAGAUGCUGCAAGAUGUCAAAGCGAUUGAAGACUCGUACAAAUCCAUGUCCUCGGCCGUGAUUCAGAAGAUACGGAGCAACGUCGACGGUUAUACGUUCGUGGAGGACGUCAAGGAGCGGCGCAAUUUUUUUCGCACUCGGUAUAAUGACAACGAUAGAGAAUUAAUCACACUGCAGGAGUACUACACGAGAAAUAACUACGAUCCCUCCAGUGAGUUUCAAAGGCGAGCUUCUGUGUAUUGGCUACAGUCUGACGACUCGUCCGAUAGCGACGUAUGACCGUGCGGUCGACCGAGCAAAUAAUCUUGUAUUUUAUCGGAAAUAAAAAUUUAUCUUUCCAUUA